AUGAGUAAUCUGACACAUCCUUCAUCUCCAUAUUAUCAUAGCAAUUAUGGACGUCCGCGACAAGUCAAUGAUCACUCUUCUAGACGACAUCAUAGACCAGUUCAUCAUAAUCCACGGACAAAUUAUCCGCCGUCUCGGCCUGUCUCAAGAAACGUAGAGCAAUUUUCUAUUCCUAGGGCUGAUGAUGAAUCCAUGACUCGGCAAAACCUGCAUCAAAACCCAGCUUUUCCACAUAGGAACGGAAUUAACGUAACUAACUUGAGGGAACGUUCUUUAGUGGAUAUGGUCUCACAGCCAGCUGCCAUAGAUAACCUGCAUGGCCACUCCCAAGAUAGGAGCUAUCCGCCGAAUAAUUAUAGUUCUCAGUCAGCAAGUGAUCCCUCUUGGUUCAUCAGAACGUUUGCUAGUCCUGUCAACUCCUUCCGUAGUGAUCAUCUGAGUACUGGCUUUGAUUUUGACUGUCUGUAUGAUCUACUUGAUCUUGAUCAUCAUCUGAGCACCGGCUCUGAAUUUGACUCUGUGUAUGAUCUAAUUGAUCCUAAGGAGAGUGUUAUAUUGAAGUAUUUGAAAACAAGAUUACAUCGUGCUCCUGUGCCCAAAGAUGAAGUUAACCCCACGAAAACUGAAGUUGUUAGUGAUGAAGAACCAGAAAUUUGUGCUAUAUGCCAAGCUGAAUAUGAAGAAGAAGAGACCAUGGGAACACUUCAGUGUGGACAUGAGUAUCAUAUGGACUGCAUCAAACAAUGGAUACUGAGGAAACAAGACUGUCCUAUGUGCAGAGCUUCAAUUUUUCCUUCACAACAUUAA